AAACUCAGCCAUUAUUACUUAAUUAAUAAAAUGUAAAUAUAAGUUUAUUGUUCUAUAAAACAUAUUUAAUCAUAAAGUAAAUAAAUGAACAACACAAAACUAGUAACCUGGAUUCCUAAUCAGUUGGUAAUAUUCGCAAACUAAGGGGGCUCUCUUGUCUUUACUCUAGCUGGAGGAAAAAAAGGUUGUUCUACCUAAAAUUAAAAUUUAUAGCACAAUAAUUAAGUGUUUCCGAUGAGAGUUUGAAAGAUUCUAAAUAUAACUGAGACUAAUACUUGAAGUUGAGGAAGCUGUAAAGAGAGAGCAAACAUCUGUUGGUGUAAGAUUCACGAUUCAACUUGUAAACAAAGCGAAAAAUAUAGUUGGUGAAUCAACUAAGCCCAAAUAUGUAAAAACAUGGUUUUGAUACAUUGUAAUAGUUGUGGAUUGUCGCUUACUUGAUAAACAAUUUUAAGUAACCUAAGCGAAAAUAGCUUUCUUUUUUAAAAACCUUAAUGAAACAGUUUGUAUGUAUAAAAUAUGUUAAUUUAUUGUUAAAUGCUCAUGAGUGUUGCGGCGACUUUUACAAUCAGCAGUUUUAUAAAACCAUUAUAUAAAAAUAAUUUUAGUAGGCCAAAUAAAAUCUGCUCAAGGGCCAGACGUGGCCUGCUGGCCGUAGGUUGAAGAUCCUUGCUACUCAUCUACAAAUCCUUUGAAACGUACCUUGGGUGGACCGUGAUGUCGUGAAGUCGUAAAAUGUCUCUGCUAACUCUAUUUUGCCACUCUAAACCUGAAAUUAAAGAUCUAUGGAGCUUGGAGACAAUCAGAAAAAUAAAUAAAUAACAGAAAAAAAAUAAAAUAAAUUGCUGAGGGUGGGGUUAGACACUCAGUAGCAGGUUGAGAUAAACUGGUGCUCCCGAUCUUUUUAAGUUUUUAGUGGACAAAUACUGGUCAAUCGUAAAAAAAAUUGUGUAGUUUUUGUGUGUUUUUUAUCUGUGUAUCGAACUGUAAAUAGAAUUUUUUGAAGUGUUCAAGGACUCUCACGUAAUGUAUGAAAAACAGAUAAAAUUACCUGCAUAUUUUAGUUAAAUUACUUCAAGGAACUUGUUAUCAGCUCUGAUAAGAGUCAGUUGAACUUUGGUCUAGCUUAUCUGUGUCCAUGAUCGUCCAACAUUUCAGUUAUCUGUUUGGCCUGAUCUGAAAAACUUUAUCCCUGUUUUCCCUGCUCUGGGAUUUUAAUUAUUGUUUUAUCCCAAUUUCCCUUUUUUGGGGAUUUUUAUUAAUUAACAUUUUUAUCUAAUUUUUAAUUUUGAAACAACUUUAAACGUUUGUAUUAAAAAGGACUACCUAUCAAAGAAAUAUAUUAGACAAAUAUUUAAUGUCCUUAGAAUGACUCAACAUCGUUGUGGAUUAUGCCACAAAGGUGUGAGGGUUAAUGCAGUUUUAUGCAGAGGGGCAUGCGAAAAAUGGUAUCAUAGAAGGUGUACUGACAUAACUGAUGAUGUCUUCAAAAAAAUGUGUAAUGGGGAACAAUUGGAUUUGAAAUGCUCAAAAUGUAAAGAUGUAACAGAAAUCGAGAACAGUCCUGUGGAUAAUCAAACACAUUUGAUUGAAAUAGAAUCUAAGUUGAACAAUAUUAAUGCUGAGGAUGAUAACAUUGACCUGGAAACGUCCCUUACUCUUGCAGCAGAAGCUGGAAAUGCUCUGUUGAUUGAGAAUCAAACUCUGAAUCAAAUCAUACAUGAACUUAAAACAUCAAAAUCUAAACUACAGUUUGAAUUGGAAGACAAAAUAACAGCCCUACAAUGUGAUAAAAAUGAAUUGGAAAAUAAUAUUGAAGAAAUAAAAAAAGAUCACUUAGACAACAUAAAUUCACUGGAGAAAAAAUUUUAAAAGACAAAGCCUUUAAUGAAAACUUAAUUGUACAGCUAGAAUCAGACAAAUCUAUGCUUAUAUCUAAAAUAAAGCAUUUAAAUGAAGGGAAAACUCAACUGGAUGUUAAACUUAAAACUAUAGAGGCUAAGGUAAUUUUGUAUCAAGAACAGAUUGAUUCCAUACAACAACAAAAUGAAAAAAGUACAGGAGUGUAACAGUUGUGAUGAGUUGAAGCAAAAAAUAAGGAAGCUGGAAAGUACUCUUAAGGAACUAAGUCUGGAACUACUUAUGUUAAAACAAAAAAAUACAGAAAUGAGUAUUUCUACAAGUAACUCAAAGACAAAUCAGCCUCAUAUGGAUACAAGUAUAUGUAGAAGUAAAACAACACAAUCGGAAUGUAAUAGAACAAAUCCAAAACCUGCAGUUAUAGAAACAAUCGCACCUAAUACCCUACAUGAACUGGAUGAUGAAGAAAUUAAUCUAUGGAUUAAAAGCAAAUUGAACAUCCCAAUUAACAGUUUUGUUUUGUGUCCUUCAGUAGGCCACCUAGUGAAGGAAGUAGAGGACCUGGAGCUCAGUAUGCAACUCUGCAAUCAAAUUGAAAUGCAAAAUAAAGACUACAUCAUGGCAAUUAUCAAUAACAGAACUUCUAACACUCAAUCUGGUUCUUAUCACUGGUCUGUGUUAGUUUAUAAUCAAUUUCAAAAUGUUGCCUAUCAUUUGGACUCACUUGCUGGUCUAAGUAGUAGUCAUGCUAAAGAGUUCGGUGUGAGAUUGGCACAGUUUUUUGGGAAUGAAGGAGCGUUUGAGCUGAAAAAUGUGGAAUGUUAUAUCCAGAGAGGAACAACCGAAUGUGGCGCGCAUGUCUUACACAAUCUUGAAAUAGCAUGCUCCUUGAUAACAAGUAAUAAACCAUUAACAAGCUCAAUUUUCACCAAAGAUUUCUCUGUACAUAAAUAUUAUGAUGGUCUAAAACUACUCUCAGAACACUCAGCUUCUGCUCAAGCCUCACUGCAAGACACUAGGAAUAAUCAACACACAAUCGGUUCUGCUAUGGAAACUAUAUGCAGAGUAAAUGAAAAUCCUACUGUAAUUCAUAACUGUUGUAAUGAGACUGAAACUGUUAAGAAAUCAUCCCUCAGGACUAGGAGGCAACCUAAACUUCCCAAGAAAAAAAUUCUAAUACUGGCUGACAGCCAUGGGAGACACCUUGCACCUAAUUUGUCAUCUAUCUGGCAAAAAAGCGGACACGACAUAAGCUGCAUCUUUAAGCCCAAUGCAAUUAUGAAGGAGGUUUUAUCUGAUGCUAAAAUCCUCACAAAAUCCUUUACAAAGUCUGACACACUGGUUGUGUUGGGUGGGUCCAAUGAUGAAGUUAGUCAGGCAGAGAGAAAUUACUGUGAAACCAUCAGGAUAUUGCUUGAAAAUACAACGCACACUAACAUCAUUAUAUCAGCACUUCCCUACAGGCAUCAUGUCCCAGGCCUCAACAACAGAAUAUGGUUCCUUAAUACGAAUAUUGAAAAACUAGUGGCCCAACAUAAACAUGCCUCUUUCCUGGCCAUAAAUAAACUGCCACGCCACCUAUACACACAACACGGUUUACAUUUCAACAAGCAGGGUAAAAAAACAAUAGCUUUUAUGAUAAGAGAUAUUCUUUGUCCAAAACUUCAGCCAUCACUUAAACCUAAACCUGACUCAGCAAGUUUGAAACAUAAAGUGAAAAAAAAACUGUAUUAAUAUUGUGAAAGAGAACAUGAGG